AUGGCCUGGAUGCUGACACUGGGGCAAACUCUUGGAGAUCACAAGCUGAACGGUGCAACGAAGUCAAAGUGUAGUACGAAGGCAAGGUAUAUUGAAGGCAAAGCACGACAAUGGGCCUUUGUAAAGAUGAACCAAAUGCAAAUGCGUAGGAGAGCAGACGACAGCAAACUGGAGAAUGAUGCGUGUUGGAAGCAUACAGGAACAAGCUCGCUUUCAAGGUUGUGGGGAUGCUUAGCUUCGGAUGCUUGCUUUGAGGGCGGAUCACGUUGA